AUGGGGAUCUAUACUAAUCCAAUGCCACAACAUCAAGGGGGACAAGUCACUACUCAGGAACCUACACCGGUACAAACUAAUCCCAGACCUUCUGCCAGCGCUAACACCAUCCGAGCUUGCACUGCCGCUCGAAGAGAGAUGCCUGUGAAGAAGGAAGAAUGUAUCCGAACGAAUGCAUCGGCAGAAAAAAUUACCCCUUUUUUAGAAAUCCCCUCGUCACCUACUAGUGAGCCGGAAGGCUUAGGGACGCCUCUCGUUCCUCUUCCCCCAUUUGACAACCGUAUCUCAGAAUGUUCGGAUGAUUCUCUGGAACUAAUAUAUGCUUCAAUACUAAAGAAUGGGGAUAUCUCGUUGGGAAAAAGCGGAAGAAAAGGAUUUCACGGGCAGAAAGGCGAAGGGAAGUUCGGAAAAGCCUAG